AUGAACUUCCUCGCCGGUCUGCGAGAUGAUGAUCCAGAAGAAAAUUCUGUGGAACUUAAUAUUUACUACAUACCACCUGAAAAGAAAGGUAUACCGAAUUCCCAUAAACCAUACCGUAUAUCUUUUGUGGAAGAUUCGAACGGAGGAUGUUCAGUGAGAAGGCUAGUAGAAAAGAAAGGAAGGAAAUACGACAGGAAUGGGGUACGGUACACUGAUGAAACAUAUGCUUGUGCUGCAACGCGUGUAUUUUUCCAAAUUACAAAAUCUAUCAAAGCAAAAGAAAUAACAUUCGAAAUGAAUCCUAUGCGGCCAGAGGUCGAACGUGUGCUAAAGGAACACCCAACAACAAGGAAAUUUUUAUGCGAAGAAUUUCUUAUUCGAACAGAAGAUCGAGCGCUGCCUCCGCUUUUGUUGCGUUUUUUAUCCCCUGGCACUAAGUUGGAUGUGUACAGUAACCCAUUCCCUGAACCUGGUGAUAUUUUCAUUGAUACUGCGUUUUUCGACUCCGAUGUGGUCCGAGCAGCACCAAAAUUUGACACAGAGGCCCUCACAGGAGUCACAGAGGAACAAUUCGUUUUACUCCAAGCAGAUGAGCUUUCUAUGAAAGCUCCCCAUAUUUCAUCCAAAGCCAUUAAUCGGAUACUUCUGGUAAGACUAGUGGAAAAGCCCCUGUCUUUUUUCACUAGUCCUACCGUUUGCUUCGGUGUUAGGACGCCUGCAGGACUUUAUUUUAAAGGAGUUGAAUCUUGGGCAAGUGAAAGUGAGGAGGGGGCACUCAACACUGCUCGUAUCGAACUUCACUGA